ACCUCCUUUUCUAAAAUAUCUGUGGAAACUGGGCCACAUCGAAUGAGAAGGAAAAAAAUACGUGAUUGAUGGGUAAUGCGGCCAAUAGGCGUAGGGAUAAAGCCGCUUUAGAGUCUGUAGAUGUAGAGCUGAUUUGCAACCCGCCGAAGCAGAUCUGGGGAAGAAGGAAAAUGUCUCCUGUCUUACCACGCACCGUUCUAGGAUCAGCUUGCUGUUAGAAAAACGCAAACAGCGAAGUGUCCUAUAGACUUUACUUCAAAACUGUGUCCAACGCAUAAGCUCAACCUCAUCCUACUCUUGACGCUGAGACAUACAGAAAGGUUUAGAAGAAACUUUCCUUCAUGUUCCAAAACAGUUCUCCUGUGAGCAAGGAGGAAGUGACAUCAGGACAGAUGGAACCAAAUCCUAGCCUGGCAGGGGUGGACUCACAGGGCAACAUGGUUUUCAGAGUGGUUAAGCCAGUUAUGGGCAUCUUCCAAGUCUCCUCAGAACAGACCAACUCUGUGGAACACGGAGUGUUGCAGCAGACGAUGGUCGGGGGUUUGACCGGGUUAACAGAGUUGUCUACUCCCUCCUCAGUUGUGCUAGGGAAUGGACAAGGGCAGGGCCAGCCGGGAAUCGGGGACAUGAUGCAAGCCCAGAUUCAGACCCCAGCCGGAGACAUGUCCCAGACCCAAACUGCCUCUCUGAAUUCCAACCACAUCCCCUAUGUUCCAUUUGCUGAAGUGUCAUCUCUUCUGGACCCUAAUAUGAAGAGCUCCAAGGCCCGUAAGUACCUGAUUCCUUAUGAUGAGAUCAAGCGUCGUCUUGAGGCUCCAGAAAAGAUGUCUCUGCGUUCGCUAGCAGCCUACACGAGGGUCAGCCGGGGACCAGCAAGCAAGAAAACGCUGCAGGAGUCCCUUAAUAUACUGGGCCUCACCCCUAGCACAACAACCGCCGUGUCCUCCUCCUUCUCCAAGCUCACAGAGGGUGACACUAAAGCCCUGUGUAACGACAUGAAGGACUUUGCCCAUGAUUACAUAAACUUUGGUAACAUUGCCAAGCAGCUUAUUCCAGAGACCAACACCGUUCAACACUGGUCCAAGGUUAUCGAAACCAGAGGUCACCUGGAAGCAAUGAGGAAGUGUUUUCACGAUCCUGUUAACAGUGCUUCUUUCGACAGUGUGACUCAUGGCCUCGGCCUCGGGAUGCUUGAUGCCGCCUUAGACAUGAUCACCAUGGUGAUUGAUAAACAGAUCCGUAUUCUGUCUGGUGCCGCUGCAACUGAUCCUGUCGACACAGGCCCUCCAAUGAGACGCAUCCGCCGUCGCCACCGCAAGCCCAGAGACAACGACAGCGAGAAACAGCACCGGUUGGCAGGUGGGGUUAAAGGUCAAGGGAAAGGUUUGGGGAAAGGCAAAGGAAGAGGAAGAGGUAGGAAGAAGGUGCCUCCGCAGGAGUCAGGAACCCCAGUUGAUGUUGCGAUGGAUACAACCCAGCAACAGGAUCAAGAGCACUGUCAUUCUGAGGAUGUAGAGAGCAGCGUUCUCACACUCGUCUCAGUUGGUUACGAGACAAUAUCCAGCGGUCUCAAUGCGACGGGACAGAUCUGAAGAUGCUUUAUGGACAAAGCCUGGUGGGAUUCUACUUUUGUUGAACAUUUUCUCAGCAGGUUUUCAGGGAUUGUAGCGAUCUUAGUAACGCUAUGGAACAUUGUGAUUGUUAGACACAACUCAGAUCUGACUGACCGAACCCGAAACACUCAGGAGACUUGUAGAGGACACUCACAGGCCUGCAUUCAAUUACAUGAAAGCAUUUUGUUUUAGUAUUUGUUUUAUUCUGUGAGCGUGGGACAAAUGGUAUAAAAUUUUUGGGUGGCAUGGAGAUGGACGUUGUGUGCUGGAAACAAAUGUUCAGUUGCCUACUGGUUAUUGGUGAGCACAUAGGUAAUGAAUGCAGGUUUGUUAAAGUGGAAAUCAAGUCAAUCAACAGAACUUUUUAUAUUGAAAAACAAUGGUGAAAUUAGUAAUUCAUAACUUUGUUUGACCUACUUGCAUGACAUUUGAUUCUCCUGAUAAUUUCUUUUGUGAGUAGACCUGUUAUAGCUCUCUUUCAUCAAUGUAAUAUGGGGAAUGCAUCCUGCUAGUAUUUAACUCCUUGAUUGUUUGUUUAUUUUGAAACCUGGAUUGCAGAAACAUGAAUGAAAACUUUUUUUUUUCUUGACCUGUGAGGAAUUCUUUAUUUCUGACAAAAUCCUCUCACCCGCAUUUACAUUAUGUAUAAUCUAUAUUCAAACGUCUGUGAUGACAUUUCAAACACUGGCCUCAAUUACACCUGGUAUUCAAAUGCGUGCACUCCUGCCGCAUUGUCUUUAUUGUUUGGAUCUCACUUUUUCCUCCCAUUUAUGCAGAUUAAGCUAGUUUAUGGUCACAAUUCAAAGAGCCUUGUAAGUACAUCAUAGUUUUGGAAUGCUAGUUAAAUAAAAUACCAGAGGUCUAUUGUUUUAACACC